AUGGACGUAUAUGUCCAGAUCACAGGCCUGGACUCGGGGAAAAUGUGCAGAGUCAAAGCACUGUUGGAUAGUGGCUGCAGUACCUGCUGCAUUGAUACCGACUACAUGUGGGCAGAGAAGUUGGAUAUCCAAGAGCUUCCGCAACCCAUCGUGGCUUGUAACGCUGACAACACCGAGAACAUCAGCGGACAAAACACGCAUUACGUCAACCUGAGAAUGAGAAUUGGCCCUCAUGUGGAGGUACACACGUUCCUUCUAACGUGUUUAGGGAAAGCUCGGAUCUUCAUUGGGCUCAAUUGGCUGAUGGAACACAACCCCGAGGUAGAUUGGCAGGAACAGACAAUGAGAUUCAGUUGA